AUGUCAAAAUCAGCCUUACAGGUAUACCGUAACGCCCUCAGGGCUACGCGGACGGCGUUCAACGGAGAUGCCAAAAUCCUUAUGGCAUCUAGAAUGAAAAUCCGUGAAGGUUUCAACCAGAACAAGAACCUCACAGACAAGGAAGAGAUCAACAAGGCCAUCAACGACUUGGACGAGGUUGCCAAGUUUCUUGUGAAAAAUAUUGUUCAAGCUGAACAACAAGAGAAUGAUCGCUACCAUCUCAAGUUCCAUAAGGACACGGAGUUGGGUGACAACGCUACUAUCAAGCAGAACAAUCGUGCUAACAUGGGAUCUCUUGCUGGAGCCAAGGUCAGAAGAUGCAGCGAUAACAAAUAG